GAGACUAUUGUACAACGGUGUCAUAACAACCGUAAAAAGCUUUCUGUUCGGGCAAUAAUAAUUUGGUGUGUUUCUUCAAACUGAACUGAAAAUAAAGUACCAAUCAUCUUUUAGAAAAAAUGUCUUUUGAUGCCCAAGGUGAUGCUGGUUCAAAACCAAAAUCUGUAAGCCGUGCAAAACAGUGGAAUGAUGAGGUGGAAAAUCUCUACAGAUUUCAACAGGCUGGCUACAGAGAUGAAUUAGAAUACAAACAAGUGAAGCAAGUGGAUUUGGUUGAUCGUUGGCCAGAAACAGGAUUUGUGAAGAAACUCCAACGGCGAGACAACACUUUCUACUACUACAACAGAAAAAGAGAAUGUGAAGAUAAAGAAGUCAAUAAAGUGAAAAUGUAUGCUUACUAAAUACAAACAUUGACCUUUUUAAAAUAUAUAUUUAAAUGUACAAUGCACAAUUUGGGGAAAUUAAAUCUAAUAUUUAGAAUGGUUUUUUUUUGUCAGUAUUAUUUGGACAAAACUUUUGGAAACAAAGCUGUCUCUUAGAAACAUGGAAGUGCUAGAAAUACAGAAAAAUAUUUACACCCAAAUAAUAAUAAUAAUAAAAAAACACUGUUAAAAUAAAUAUCAAAGUACAUUAUUUUGCUUUAAU